AUGGCAGGGGAAGGAAUCGUUCAAAGCCUGACAGUCUCUCACGACGUAGCCCGUCUUCAUCAGUCAACCGGCCUCGCAGUACCGCAUUCGCUUUCGUCGCCGCUCGCGCGCGCGCCGCGCCGCCAGUCUGCUUUGGUGCUCUCGGAGCUCCUCGGCGCCUCUGCAGGGGCUGCCCGUUUGGCGCUUCGUCGCUUCUUGAUUGAGGCGUCUUCGCUGCCGCCUCUAGUCAGCGUCUCCGCGCGGCUUUCCGCGCGCGUCCGCAGACCGGGAGAGGGUCGCGAGGAGGGGGAGGAGGAUGAACGAGCGGAGCAGGAAGCCCGCGCGCUGGGGGCCUUCUCACCGCUCGUGGUCGCGGUGCUUAGUGCCUCGCACCCCGAGAAGGCGCUUCUGGUCGCGCGUCUCUUAGAUCUUCCGCUGUCACGUCCAGCCGACAGCCGCGAGCUGGGAAGCCGGUCCGCCGUGGAGGCUGCGCGCCGCAGAGGAGAAAAAGCAAACGAAGACGACGUGGCGCACGCACAGAACGCUGAAGAUGACGCAGACGCAGCUGUCGCCCAGACCACGGGCGAGGAAAAACGCCCCUCGCAGGAGGGCGUCUUCGCGUCGCUGCAGCACCUGCCGGGCGCGACUCCUUCAGUUCUGUUUCACCUCGACUACGCCGCAACGCCUUUCUCGCUUCUUUCUGCGCAGUCGCUGCGAGACGCGCAGGAGGACGGCGGCGCCGUCGCAGAGGAGGAAAGCGACCGACCUGCAGCGGCGCUCGCGGAAGCCGCCCGCCGCGACCGGACGCCCGCGGAGGCCGCGAAGUGGGCGCGUAUUCUCGGCGGCGUGAGUUCGCUCGUGCUGAUUCCGCUGCAGGCGCGGCAGCUCCGCGUCGCCACGCCGCAGGGCCUCGCGGCGAGGGGGCGAGAGCCCGCGGCGGAGGACAAGAGAGACAGGAGAGACAGUUCGGGCGCGGAGACGCCGGAGCUGCAGGUCCGCCUGCCGGAGGAGGUAGCGGUCAUGCUUCGCGGCUUCGCCCGGGGCGUGAGGGACCGCCAAAGGCAGCGCGGAGAGGGAGACGAAGGACAAAAGGCGCGAGAGGGCGAUAAAAAAGAAGUCAAGCACGCGUCAAGAGAGGAGGAGGACAUCCCUCCGGUUGUCGUACUUCUGAUGGACACGCCGGAGGACUGGGAGCCUGCGCUAACUCAGGCCGUUGCUGCUGCGGUCGAUGACCUUCUCGCGACGGCGGGCGGAGACUCCCGUCCGGAACGCCAGACUGAAGGAAUCGGAGCCGGCCGCGAGUCCGCGUCUUCGGGUUCUUCUGUUUCGCGGCGCUCCGUCAUUAUCGCGCUGCCUGAGUCUGCGUGGGUGGGAGGCAAGGCGUCGCCCAGCUUCUCGACGGAGAAGAAGAAAUUUCUCACUAUGCUCGAAGAGGCGCGCUUCCGCCACGAGACCGCUCGCAGGCAACGCGAGGAGCUCCGCCGGGAGCGCGAGGCACAGAAGCAAGAAAGCAAAGGUGGCCUGGAGGGAGGAGGCGCGAAGCAAGCGGAGGCUCAAGAGAGGCAGGCGGAGCGGAGAGAUGGAGACCGCGUGGGAGACAGACAAGCCGAGAAGACACGCAGCGCGAGCCCCCAAGACGACACACUGCCAGACCUUCUCGUGAGCAAGCUCUUCGCGACAUCCGCGCCUGGAGACGCGCGCGAGCGCCCACAGCCCCUGCUGCCGCAUGAGGCUCAGUUCGCUGACCUCGUUGCACCCGACGUUCUCUCCUGGGCAGUGCAGCGAGACAUCCUCGCCGCGGCGGCGCCGGUCCUUCAGGAGUGGAAAAGACACGUGGAGCUGGACGGACUCGUCAUUCCUCGAUUCGGACACCAAGCGUCUGAGCUUCUUCGCGCGCUCCUUCCGCUUUACGAUGCAGCGACGCUCUCCGCCGCUCACACCCCUGCGCGCCAGCUGGCGCGUCACGAGCUUCAGACUUUCCUCGAGGACGAGCUGCGUCACCUUUACCUCCAGCAGCUGAUGCUUCUUGAGCGCCGGGCGCGGGUGCGGCUGCGCGCGGCGCUUCUCGCGGCGCUCAAGCGCCCGAGUCUACCCGGUCGGCUCUUCAGCUCUCUCGCGCGAGGCAUCUCCAACAAAGAAGGCGCCCCAGUGGCAAGCGAAAAGAUGCGAGACGCGGCAGAGAAGGUCAUCGCCGAUCUGCAGCGCGAAGCCGCGGAGCUCGUGCUCAGUUCCGAGGCUUCGCCGGUGCCGGAGUCGCUCGCUGCCUCGCGGUUUUCUUCGGCUCUGCACGCGGAAGAGUUUCCCCUGCAGCAGGCGCUGCGGCAUAGUGUGGAGCUGGCCGUGGAGAUGCGCGAGAGAGCCGCGGUCGCCUCAAGCGAAGCCAUUUCCUUCCUCCGCUCGCGAGUGCACGCAGGCGCUGCGAAGCUCGCUGACGUCGCGUGGUUUCCGCCGCGCCUGCGGGCAGCGCUGACGCGCGUGUCUGCUGAACUUCUCGACCCGGAAAAGCACGCCCCCCGCGCGGCGUCUGCUUCGCCUUCUUGCUCCUCUCUGGCGGCACCUUCGUUGUCUCUUCAGCCAGCGGCGGCUACGGCUCCUUCGCCUCCGCCGGGUGCAGCGCCAGAGAGGCGCCGGGCGCGUGACGCAGGGAGAGAAGACGCGGAGCAGGAGGGGGAGAAUGCGUCCGCGAGAGAAGAUUCUGUAUCGCGUCGAUGGGGCGGCUUCGCGGACGACGUGCAGAGAGCUGUAAAGAAGCGCGCGAGCGACAUCUACGAAGAAAACAUCCGGAAGCUCCAUGGUGGGCUCGUUGGGAAACUGACUGGCGCCCUCCGCCAGCUCGCGAGCGACUUCAUCGCCGGGCCUCUUGCCGCGAGACUCGAAGCGCAGCAGAGAGGCUUCUUAAGCGGCGUGUCGCUCCGCGAUUUUCUGCGUUUUUCGGUUCGACCUAGUGUCUCUUUUACUGCGAUGCUACGCCGCCGCGGCGAAGGAAAUCUCCAGGGCUUCGCCUCCUACAACGCCGGGCCUCUCAACGUCAUCGUGGGCUUUGCUAACGACGCCCCCGUCGUGCAGCCCGAUGGGAAGAUGGCGCCCGCGUUCCGGGUGCAGCCGAAGCUUCACUUUGAUGUGCAGCGCAUCCGCGAGCCGCCGCAACGGAGCUGA